AGAAAACAUGAGUGAAAAAGGAACUGCGAUCACUUCUAAUAUAAACUUUGAAAAAAAUACUGUAAAUGAACCUUUACUUUCACAAGAUUUAUUUGAUUCAGUAUUUGCUAAUUUUGGAGAUACAUCUACUAUUAGUAACAUGGAUUUAAGUCUUAAAAAGAAACCUGAAUCAGUAAAAAGUGUAAAAAAAGAUGAAAAACCAACACUAGAUUUUAGGCAAUCAUCAUCAUCUUUCUUGUAUUCUUCACAAGGUAAUAUGAGCGAAAAACUGACAGAACAAAUUAAUUUUGAAUCAAGUGAUACAACCGAUCAAAUUCCAAUAACUUUUUCAUCCAUUUCACUGAAUCUUGAUAUUGGUGAUUUUGCACAAGAAAAAUCGUACCAAAAAAAUCAAGAAAAGAAAGAAACAAAAACAGAACGGAGAUCAUUUAGAAAAGAUAGAUCUGGUGAUACGGCAAAAUCAGAUUGUGGAUAUAUUACAAAAAUAACAUUGAAACAUAUUAAAGUAUUGAACGAGUUUGAAAGAUUCAUGAUGAGAAUGGAUAACCAAGCAUUAAUGAUUCGACAACGUAUUGAAAAGAAUCGGCAUGCUGCAUUUCAUCAGCAUGAUCUUAUUGAGCACGAAAUUAAAAAUGAAUGA